AUGGCGGAGAACGGCAACGGGACAGUUUUCGGACUCCAAGGUGUACACAUUCCGUGGGUCAUAGGUGAUCCCCCAGACGAAGCCGAGGGCGAGAAUACUGAAAUCGCUCAGCGGGGCUUCCUACUUGUUAAAGUAUUUAAAAAAGGAACUUACCUUGUCCAGUCAAACUGGAAUAAGAGGUUAUAUUUUGUGAAGAGGGUAGAGGGGGUGGAUAAUCCGACCUUGCCCUUUGAGUUCGGCCACGCGCAUCCUCCCGAGUUCAGAAUCUCGACUGAUCAUAACAAUACUUUCCCUCUACCUUUAUCGCCUCAGUUCUCUCGGUUGGAAUGGUAUCAGAGGUUUAUAGAAGUUGGCCCCCCACAGCGGCGUGUUUGGGAGCUGUAUUUCGAGUAUCUGAAUGGAGGUAGCCUAGCACAACUGAGAGACAAGCACUACCAGGAGCGCAAAAGGGUCCCGGAGCCAUUUAUCUGGCAUGUUGCUGCCGAACUAUGUAAAGCUCUUCUAUAUUGUCAUGAUGGCAUCCUAUGGGAUGUUCAAAUGCCUCCACCAGGAUGGCGUCGCAUCUAUCAUCGAGAUAUUUCCAUGGAGAAUAUAAUGCUCAAUUAUGAGCCACGCUAUGGAGGUCGAAGACCAGAUAGUGGAAACUGGCGCAAUGUUUAUCCGCGAGUGGUACUGUGCGAUUUUGGAAGCGCGGCGGUUGAUGGAGAUAACCCGGCUCAUUUGCAAACAGGCCAGUUUCCAUACGAACAUCAGCCAAACUUAUGGGAAGAUUUGUACGAGCUUGGCUGCGUCCUACGUAGCUUAUGCAUGACACAUAUUAAAUUCCCCCAAGACGAGGAUGAGCCUGCGGAUCGUGUUCCUCUUGCCCAAUACAAAGACGAAAGUCAGAGAUGGGCUCAUCGUCCGGAUAGCAGGCGACUCGACGACGUCAAUGCAGAUCCAGUCGGGCAACCUUAUUCGGAGGCUCUCAUGCGCCUUCUCAAGGAAUUCGAAUGGGACAGCCAAGAGCAGGAGGAUGUCAACCAGAUCAAUAACAGAGAUAACAGCGUACCAAGCAAAGAGUUUGUAUACGAAGCUCUAUUUACUUCGGGCAGGUUUGAAGUUGGCGCUGGCAAGGCCGAACCCAAACCGGCCGGGUUCUACGACCGUUACGAUGUCUCUUGGACUAGACCAUGGGGGCCGACGCCAUACGUUGUCAACCAGGAUGAACCGGCCAGGUCUCAUCGCCGCAUAAGAAAGGCGAUUCGCAGGGACGACUUUGAGUAUGUUGGGAUAGAAAUGCGAGCAGUUGCUCGUUAUAGGCCACUCGUGGGACCGCCACCAUGA